GAUGAUUUUGAAUUGCAAUCUUCAGAUCUUAGCUUCCCAAGUAGCUAAGAUUACAAGUGUGGAAAAAAAAAAUUGUGAAUCUUUUGGAGAGUUGGUAGCUCAAAAAGAAAAAACUAAGACAAAGGUAUGGUUAAAAACAAUAAUCAAAAGCAAUGUUUGUUAGGAAAAUGUAUUAUGCCAUUAUAUUAAUAAAAAUUCAAAUUAAAAAUACAUUAAAAACAACGUGAAAAUAGAGAAUCUUUGAUUAUAUAAUGAAAUUUACAUUGAAAUAGGAAUUAAUAAUCUCUAUCCAUUGUAAAAUAUCAUUUGGCACAAAUGACUUUUUUUUUCAGCAUUACCUAUCUCCUGCUUAUCUAAAAAGAUGGAAAAUAUCACUUCGUACCUUUAAUAUAGGGUAUAAAUGUUGUAGAAACUGAAUUAGUAUGAUUUAUUUUCAGGUGAAAAAUGAGAUAACUACCAUGAGUGAGUCUGAUGACUUCACUCUGUCAUCUGAAAUAACCUGUGGAGGAUGGGAGCUGUCUGGUCCGGACUGUGAUGACAUCUUGGUGUUACUCAAGCAACUUAGACUGAAGUACAAUGAUCCUGGUAGGAUACUGAAAAUCCAAGAUACACUUCAUGCAUAUAAAAAAGUAUUAAAACUUAAAUGUAGCCACUAUGAAGUCCUGAAAGAAAAAACUGAACACAUGAGAAAAAAUAUUAGUAUACUACACAAAGAGCUAUCAGAAGAAGAGCAUGCAAAAGUAGAACAGGAACAGGAACUCCGCAAUUUGAGGCUUUACAGGAACGAAAUGAUACCCUGAGAAAGCUUUCUGAAGAACAAAGUGCCAGAAUAUUACAA